AGGACUGAAUUGAAAGUUUUCUUGGAAUCCUUGCCCGCCUUCUGGACCUCCGAAUCAAAAGCACAACUGGGAUUUUUUUUGAUUUGUUGGUCAUAUCCUACAUAUAUAUGCGCUUGAUCUUGAUCGUCGAAGCAAGCAUAAACUGAGCUGAAGCUUUUGCGGGACACGAGAAACACAAGGCUUACUGCUGGCCAACAUGUCCCGUGAGGAGCAGUUGAUCCUUGCUCAGAUAAAACGGUUUGAGGAGAAAGAGAAGCAGAAGGAGCAGAAGCUUGCCAAGGCUCUGGAGAAGAAACGGCAGAAAGAGCAGGAGAGACCGGCAUGGAUCGAGAAGAUGCAGGACGAUCUGCCCGACGCUAUCGAGUUCAGGCCGACUGAAGAAGAAUUCGCCGACCCCCUUGCAUACAUCAGGUCCAUCGCUCCCAUCGGCGCCAAAUAUGGCGGCUGCAAAAUCAUCCCACCCGACUCCUUCUGCCCUACCUUCUCCCCUAGCAGGGACACCAUUCCCACAACGCAUGACAAGGCAGACGAGAGAACAGUAGAACGUGAAUUCUGGUAUACAAUGUCAACUGCAAGCAAUUUCACGGUUCAGUAUGCCAAUGACGUCGAGGGAUCCGCUUGCGGAAAUGAUUUCGGUGAAUGGAGCUUGAACAGGCUUCCCAAAGGCGAAGAGUCAAUCUUGGGACUGUUUGAUGAUAAUAUUCCGGGAGUUAACACGCCUAUGAUGUACGUGGGGAUACUGUUUGCCCAUUUCUGUUGGCACUACGAGGACAACGCACUUUACAGCAUCAACUAUAUGCACGAAGGUAGCCCAAAGACGUGGUACGUGGUCCCGGGACAUUGUGCCGCAGCGUUGGAAACAGCGGUCAAGGACACGUUCAAGAGUCAUCCUGAUAAGAAUCAUCCCUUGAUGAAAGAAGGAGAACACAUGCUGAUGCGGAAAACGGUGAUGAUAUCUCCCUCAUUACUCAAGAGCCGAGGCGUACCGGUCUUCCGCUGCACGCAGAGGCCAAGAGAAUUUGUCAUAACGUUUCCUCGCGGCUAUCACGCCGGGUUCAACCAUGGCUUUCACAAAGGGGAGGCUGUGAACUUUGCUCUCCCUAGCUGGAUCCCCUACGGCCUUGUCUCGCUCAGUCGGUCGUGUCUUGACAUCGAGAAGAUUAUCAUCCAUGCGGGCAUCAACUUUGCCAACCAAAGGAUGCUCAGGAAGCUCAAGGUGGAGAACGAUGGCUACGAUCGCCGGAUCACGAAUGCAGCCAGCUACACCCAUGACUCGCUCAUCUGGACGUUCAGAGCCCUCGCUGCCUGGCAAACGAAGCUGAUCAAGUGGGCAUCCCGGCAAGGACUUGAGAUCUCAUACAUGCACAAGUGCGACGUCGAUCCGUAUGACCGGCAGCUGUGCUACGCCUGCAACCACAUCCUCCACAUGGCAUAUGUAGAGCAUGUGGACAACAAAGACAUCGAGCUGCGAGCUUGUCCUGAGCACGCUGCAUUCCUUGGACGUGGCAAGUUAGCAUUAAGGAUUCGAUACAGCAACGAGGUACUGCAGAAAGCCAUCGCAGACAUUCUGGACAAGGAGAUCGUCGAAGGAGGCAUCAAAGGGCUGCAAGUAGACGACGAGGCGGGAGGGGAGGACCUUGACACGCUGGACGAGACUCACGAUGUGAUCGGACUGGUUGGAGACAACCUUGGACAAUUCUCCAUCUCCUUUGGAAACAAAAGCAAGAAAUCCAAGAAGGUCCCUAAGUCACCCUUGUAUGCUGUGGACUCUUUCCCGAGUCUCAAGGCGCUUCUCAAGCCUCGUGGCAAUCGCGCGCUGAUCGCAUUCAGGAAGCAUCUCCUUCACAAGAAACCGCACUUGAAGCGCUUCGUCCCUGCUCUUGCUCAGCUGGAGUGCAGCGAACCGGAUGGAGCUUGCCUUGCCAUCCGAGUGGCAGAAGCAGAAGCAAGAAGCUGGAUCAGAGCGAGGGAGGACGUGCCAGAAGAUGACAACAACAAGUGGGAAGCGAUGGUUGUGGUCGACGAAACCUCAUACCAUCUUGGGAACUUUCAUUCCAAGGAGGAUGCAACAUCUGCAUGGACGUACGCCUUCCGUCGUGUCGUGGAGCCUGGAGGCGACAAGAACUUGUCGUGCCCGUUCGAGAGGCUCCAGGCCGUUUGCGAUGACAUCGCGGAAGCGAUCGCAUCCAGCAGGAGCGGCGGCUCAGCGCCUGAGGGGAAAGCAAGUGAGAGCGAGAAGUUUAUCGAGCCAGGUGAGCUGUCCCUGGCGAAGAGGCUCCUGCUUGGAGAGGAGCAGGACUUCCUUGCUGCCAAGUACCCGCUGAGGUCGGAGGAGGAGGACUCGAUCGCCAAUACUCCCUGCAUCUCUCGGACCAGCAGCGUCAGGAGCACCCAUGGGAUGGGCUCUGACGUGGACAUGUCUGCGGAUGGAGAGCAGAAGAAGGAGGAGGUGGGAUGGAAAACUCCCCCGAUGGACUCGGGCAGAGAAGAUAAGGCGCAGGCGUCUCCUUCGUCUGUAGAGGAGUCGGCGGAGAACCUGCUGAGGGACAAGGGCAAGAGGCAACGAGACUACGAGACGUCGAUUGAAGUUGCAAACGCCACAAAGAGGUUUGCGGGGACGAGGUGGAGAUGCACUUUGAUCACUGAUGACGGAAAGGGCUCGCUGAAGCUCAGGAUCAGGCCCAAGGCAGCCAGGAAGGAGGGGCUGAGAGCAGACUGCCAAGGAGAAGGGCCGAUGAGCGUCGAGGUCAACGAGAACGUCUCCACUCAGACGAGCAUGCCGAGCAGGAAGCCCGACUUGAGCUCGGACGACGACCUGCCUCUAGCUCAUGCGCUUCCGACCAAGAGGAGUGACGGGGCCCUGAUGAGCAGGGAGGCAUGCGAGGAGAAGAAGGGGACGAUGAGGAUGGAGGGGUCGAAGAAGUCUCCCGCGUCCCUCUUCGACUCGGAUGACGACUUGCCUCUCUCCGUCAAGAAGUCCGCGUUCGACUCCGACGAUGACCUCCCACUCACUGUCGCUGUCAAGAAGUGAAGAGGAGGAGGAAUUGAAGAGGAGGAGGAGCAGCGGCAGCAGCCGCUGGUUUUGAAGGGGGCCUGCAUUGUACAUAUGGGUUGUGAAUAUUUUUCUUAAUUUUGGUCAAUCAACCAUUAACAGGAGUGAUCUUUGAAAGACUUUAAAUUGAAAAUGAAUAAGAAAUCAAGAAAUGG